CCGAGCCAGACGCGUCCCGAGCGCGGCAGCCAAUGGGAGACGUGGGCAGCAAGGUGCGGACGGGGCUGGGACCGCGGUCGGGCCCUGUUGGCCCGCGCCUAGCCGGGAUCGUCGUCGCCCGGGCGGGACAUCAUGUCACAGGGAGAGUGAGCUCUUGCCCUUUCUACCAUGGAGGACUCGGGAAAGACUUUUGGAUCAGAGGAGGAAGAAGCAAACUAUUGGAGAGACCUGGCCAUGACCUACAAGCAGAGGGCCGAAAAUACACAGGAGGAGCUCCGAGAAUUCCAGGAAGGAAGCCGGGAAUAUGAAGCUGAAUUGGAGACUCAGCUGCAGCAAACUGAGACCAGGAACCGGGACCUCCUGUCAGAGAAUAACCGCCUUCGAAUGGAGUUGGAGACUGUGAGGGAGAAGUUUGAAAUGCAGCAUUCAGAAGGCUACCGACAGAUCUCAGCCUUGGAGGAUGAUCUGGCUCAGACGAAAGCCAUUAAAGAUCAAUUGCAGAAAUAUAUCCGGGAAUUGGAACAAGCCAAUGAUGACCUGGAGAGAGCCAAACGAGCCACAAUCAUGUCUCUGGAAGACUUUGAGCAGCGCUUGAAUCAAGCAAUCGAAAGAAAUGCCUUCCUGGAGAGUGAGCUGGAUGAGAAGGAAAAUCUUCUAGAAUCCGUGCAGAGGUUGAAGGAUGAAGCAAGAGAUCUGCGUCAGGAAUUGGCUGUGCAACAGAAGCAAGACAAGCCCCGGACACCCUUGCCAGGCUCUGGGGAAACCGAGAGGACAGACAUGGCUGUACAGGCUACAGGCUCUAUGCCGUCCACUCCCAUAGCUCACCGAGGACCCAGCUCUGGUUUAAACACACCAGGAAUAUUCAGACGUGGUCUGGACAGCUCUAACAGUGGGACCCCACUCACACCUGCAGCCCGAAUAUCAGCCCUAAACAUCGUUGGGGACCUGCUUCGGAAAGUUGGGGCGCUGGAGUCCAAACUAGCAUCAUGCAGGAACUUGGUGUAUGAUCAGUCCCCAAGCCGAGCAAGUGGACCAGCCUCAGGGCAAGGAACCAAAAGCCGAGAUGGUGGUGACAGGUGGCCAAGCAGCACCAGUGUCAGAGAUAAAGGGUCAGGAAAACGCUUGGAGUUUGGGAAGCCAGCCUCACAGCUCUCCUCACCGGCACUGCCGUCCACCCAGGGUGUGGUCAAGCUUUUGCUUUAGGAGCAAUGGGAACUGCGCCCUCACCUCUCCUGCCCUCUUCAUAUUUAGCUUUUGGUUGUGCCGCGCAGCCCAAGCUGACUAAGGCUGUUGGCUGUGGACUCAGCAGCAUUGCUGUGAUGUGGCCCAGCCCCUGGCAGUAUGCGUCAUACAGAUGAGCUGGUUCCUCACCCCCACCGCCCUCCAGCUCUAAGGUCUGGUGAUGGGGCCACCCUGUCAUUGGCUACCUAGAGUUUUAAUGGCCUCCAGAGGUGUUUUGAAUAUGCCUAAUCUUCAGGGGGAACAAGAGCCCAGCUAGCUCAGGAGCUCUCCCGCAGCCUACAUCCAGCUGAAGCUGUCUUCUGGAACAUCCUGCCAGUGCUUUACAGCAUGAUUAAAUUGUGUCGAGAACUGGGAGAUCACAGAAGCAUGGGGCUGUUUAAACCAUGACCGUGACCAUGACCUUUGCAAGAUGGGGUGUCUCUGUGUAGCCCUGACCGUCCUGGAACUCACUAUGUAGAGCAGGCUGGCCUUGAACUCAGAGAUCUGCCUGCCUCCGCCUCUCAAGUGUGCACCACCACUGCCCAGCCCUUUCACACUUCUAAUCUGCCUCAGGAAGAUUUUCAGAGGUGUGUCUGACUCCUCUGGUCAGUGGGAGAUUAUGCUCUGUAGAUAAACCCAGCUUCCCAUCUCUCCUGAGCUCUUACCUUGAUGUUGGGGCGACUUCUGCAUCACAACCAUGAACAUCUUGGAGUUGGACUGGGCUUUGUCAUGCCAUCCCUAAGAACAAGACUUCUAUGUCAUCAUUCUAUGUCUAUAGAAUAACAAGAGUGACUAAAACAUCAGAUUCUCAGCCACUGGUGGUCGCUCCCUUGGGAUGUAGAGAAAUGAGCACAGAACUGCAACACCAGAGCCUUGUCUGGUCUGUCUGGGGUGAAGCACCACCUCCUGCUUCGGUCCACAAUGAGAAAUGCGCACUGAUUUCCAGAGCUUAGCACCCUUCACUUCACUACUAAUGCAUUUUUUAGUAGAUGGGGCAAACCUGGCCUUGAACUGAACCUAGAACUUUCUGAGUGCUGCUGACAUUCACAAGGUGGUUUUAAGCUGUGUGACCAUUUGUUCCCCUCAGACAUUAUAGCCUGGGAAAAGAUGGCCUUUAUUUUUUUAUAUUAAAAAAUAAAAUCAAAAGAAAUGCCUGCUUUACUUCUGUGUGUUUGUCCUUCCAUGUUUGCACAUGGCCCUAAAGUUCAUUUUUUUUGUUUAGCCAAGUAAUA